AGAUGUUCAUUUAAAUACCCAGUGCCUCAGCUGUUUAGGACUUUAUAGAUCACCAGCUACAGUGAAGAACUGACCAUGAUGAGGGGUUGGGCAGAAAAAUUCCCCUAUGCUUAUCCUAGAUGGUUUGGUGGAUAUAUACCUAUCUUAGUUAUCACCCAUCCCGAUUAUGCCAAAACUGUUUUUGGAAGAGGAGAUCCAAAGGCUAAGAUCACCUAUCAGUGCUUGAUUCCCUGGAUUGGGGAAGGACUCCUUGUCUUAAACGGUCCCAAGUGGCACCAGCAUAGGCGGUUGUUAACACCAGCUUUCCAUUUUGAUAUUUUGAAACCCUACGUGGCACAAAUAGCGGAUUCAACCAAAGUUAUGCUGGAUAAAUGGGAGAAGCUGAUUGCAAAGGAUCCCACAACAUCUUUGGAGAUGUUUGACCAUGUCAGUUUAAUGACUCUUGACAGCAUCAUGAAAUCUGCCUUCAGCUACAAGAGCAACUGCCAGACGGACAGAGAACUGGUUUAUUAUGUCAAAGCUGUGUCUGAUCUGACUCUACUAGUAUUUCAGAGAGCUACCUCUGCAUUUCUUCAAAAUGACCUCUAUUACCUAUGCCCAUCAGGAUGGCGCUUUAAGGAAGCCUGCAAGUUGGCGCAUCAGCAUACAGUAAAAGUAAUUGAGGAGAGGAAGAAAUCCCUUCAGAAUGAACAGGAACUUGAAAAGAUCCAGAAGAAGCGACACUUGGAUUUCUUGGACAUUCUUCUUUGUGCCAAGGAUGAAAAUGGAGUUGGGUUGUCUGAUGAAGACCUCCGUGCCGAGGUGGACACUUUCAUGUUUGAGGGUCAUGAUACAACGGCCAGUGGGAUCUCCUGGUCCUUAUUUUGCAUGGCACAGCAUCCUGAGCACCAGCAGAGAUGCAGGGAAGAAAUCAAGGACAUUCUGGGAGAUCGAGAGAACAUUCAGUGGGAUGAUCUUGGUAAGAUGACUUAUACUACCAUGUGCAUCAAGGAGAGCUUCCGUCUGUAUCCUCCAGUUCCACUAGUGUCCCGACAACUGAGCAAGCCUAUCACAUUUUUUGAUGGACGCACUUUGCCUGAAGGCAUAAUGAUUGGAAUUAACAUUGACUGCAUUCAUAAGAACCCAACUAUAUGGCAAGAUCCUGAGGUUUAUGAUCCUGCAAGAUUUUCAGCAGAGAACAAAUCCCGAAGGCAUCCUCAUGCAUUUAUCCCCUUUGCAGCUGGUUCAAGGAACUGCAUUGGGCAGCUGUUUGCCAUGAAUGAGGUGAAAAUAGCUCUUGCUCUGACAUUGCUGCGCUUUGAAAUCUUGCCAGACCCAACCAAAAUUCCCUGUCCUGUACCUCAGUUGGUCCUGAGGUCUGAAAAUGGAAUACAUCUCUUCUUAAGGAAGCUCAACUGAUAUAAGAAAAUUCUCUCAGUGAUCUGUUUGCCAGCCUUCCACAACUGGUGUCAGGCAUAGUGUUUGAUAUGCUUGAAUUGUAUAGUGAAUCUGCAGAUAGGUUUCAUUCAAUUGGAGUACGCUGAUUUUGCCAAACUAUUGCAUCUGCUGUCUUGACUUAGUGAGGUCAUUCACACAAUCAAAAACCUGGGUUUGGGAGUUGUGUGUACUCCCAAUUUUUGAUUGUGUGGAAGCAAGGU